AUGUCUUUCUGCAAACUUUACUUCCUGGCAUGCCUGGUGGCCGCCUUCCGGGGCGGCAAGGGAGACGUGCAGCAGCACGUCUCCCUCAUGGAGGUGCACCGUGCCCUCGUGGAGGGGGGCACUGAAUUCGUGGGGAUGGGUUCCGAGGGGGAACCCAUCAGUUUGAUGGAUUAUUUAUUGCUGGAUGAAACGAUUACUGACACUGAUGACACGGACAACUUUAGCUUAGACAAGAUCCUUAGUGAUGAGAUGGCAACUUUUCUUGAAACAAAGGAACCCAAGAAUACAACCUCGGUAAAAGGCAUCGAUGGCAAAAAUGAAGCAUUUCUGGAAACUAAGGAAGAACAGAACAUGACAUUAGAGAAAGCAAUUGAUAAUAAGAAAGGAAUAAUUUUUGAAACUAAGGAGGAGAACAGAACUGUGGAAAAUCCUGUUGCCGAGAAGAAUGAAACCAUCGUUAAAACCAUUGAGCACAGGAACCAAACGGUACAAACACCUGUUGGUGAUAAACACGGGACAGAUAAUGGAGCUAGUAAAGAGCAGGAGAAUAAGAUCUUGGAUAAGAUGGUUGAAAAGAGAAAUGAUUUGGAUACUAAAGAACAGGAAAACAAAAUCUUGCUAACAAUCCCUGUUGAUAAGAACGAAACAUUUAUGGAAACUAAAGAGCAAGAAAACAAAACUGUGGAGAAAGCAGUUAUUGAUGAUAAGAGCGGAACCAUCGUCGAAACUAAACAACAAGAAAACAAAACUGUGGAAAAGACCGAUGAUAGAAAUGGAACCAUUGUUGAAACUAAACAGCAAGACAACAAAACAGUGGAAAAUUCCACUAGUGAUAAGAACGAAACCCUUGUAGAAACGAAACACCAAGAAAAUAAAACUGUGGAGAAUAAAGCUGAUGAUAGAAACGAAACCAUUAUUGAGACGAAAAACCAAGAAAAUAAAACUGAGAAGAAUAAAGCUGAUGAUAGAAACGAAACUAUUAUUGAGACGAAAAACCAAGAAAAUAAAACUGAGGAGAAUAAAGCUGAUGAUAGAAACGAAACUAUUAUUGAGAGGAAAAACCAAGAGAAUAAAACUGAGGAGAAUAAAGCUGAUGAUAGAAACGAAACUAUUAUUGAGAGGAAAAACCAAGAGAAUAAAACUGAGGAGAAUAAAGCUGAUGAUAGAAACGAAACUAUUAUUGAGACGAAAAACCAAGAGAAUAAAACUGUGGAGAAUAAAGCUGAUGAUAGAAACGAAACCAUUAUUGAGACGAAAAACCAAGAGAAUAAAACUGUGGAGAAUAAAGCUGAUGAUAGAAACGGAACCAUUAUUGAGACGAAAAACCAAGAAAAUAAAACUGAGAAGAAUAAAGCUGAUGAUAGAAACGAAACUAUUAUUGAGACGAAACAAGAAGAGAAUAAAACUGUGGUAAAUGAAGUUGGUAAGAACGGAACCAUUAUUGAGACGAAACACCAAGAGAAUAAAACUGAGGAGAAUAAAGCUGAUGAUAGAAACGGAACCAUUAUUGAGACGAAAAACCAAGAGAAUAAAGCUGAUGAUAGAAACGGAACCAUUAUUGAGACGAAAAACCAAGAGAAUAAAACUGAGGAGAAUAAAGCUGAUGAUAGAAACGAAACUAUUAUUGAGACGAAAAACCAAGAGAAUAAAACUGUGGAGAAUAAAGCUGAUGAUAGAAAUGGAACCAUUAUUGAGACGAAAAACCAAGAAAAUAAAACUGUGGAGAAUAAAGCUGAUGAUAGAAACGAAACCAUUAUUGAGACGAAAAACCAAGAAAAUAAAACUGAGGAAAAUAAAGCUGAUGAUAGAAACGGAACCAUUAUUGAGACGAAAAACCAAGAGAAUAAAACUGUGGAGAAUAAAGCUGAUGAUAGAAACGAAACCAUUAUUGAGACGAAAAACCAAGAGAAUAAAACUGAGGAGAGUAAAGCUAAUGAUAGAAACGGAACUAUUAUUGAGACGAAACAAGAAGAGAAUAAAACUGUGGAGAAUAAAGCUGAUGAUAGAAACGGAACUAUUAUUGAGACGAAACAAGAAGAGAAUAAAACUGAGGAGAAUAAAGCUGAUGAUAGAAACGAAACUAUUAUUGAGACGAAAAACCAAGAGAAUAAAACUGUGGAGAAUAAAGCUGAUGAUAGAAACGAAACCAUUAUUGAGACGAAAAACCAAGAGAAUAAAACUGUGGAGAAUAAAGCUGAUGAUAGAAACGAAACUAUUAUUGAGACGAAAAACCAAGACAAUAAAACUGAGGAGAGUAAAGCUGAUGAUAGAAACGGAACUAUUAUUGAGACGAAACAAGAAGAGAAUAAAACUGUGGUAAAUGAAGUUGGUAAGAACGGAACCAUUAUUGAGACGAAAAACCAAGAAAAUAAAACUGAGGAGAAUAAAGCUGAUGAUAGAAACGGAACCGUUAUUGAGACGAAAAACCAAGAGAAUAAAACUGUGGAGAAUAAAGCUGAUGAUAGAAACGGAACUAUUAUUGAGACGAAACAAGAAGAGAAUAAAACUGUGGUAAAUGAAGUUGGUAAGAACGGAACCAUUGUUCAAACAAAACACCAAGAGAAUAAAACUGUGGAGAAAAAUGUUAAUGAUAAGAAUGGAACUAUUAUGGGAACGAAACAGCAACAGAACAAAACUGUGGAAAAUUCCUCUGGUGAUAAAAUGGAACCAUUGUGGAAAUGAAACAAGAGGAGAAUAAAACUGUGGAAAAUGAAGCUGAUAAGAUCGGAACCAUUGUUGAAGGUAAACACCAAGAGAGUAAAACUGUGGAGAAAAUUAUUGAUGAUAAGAAUGGGACCAUUGUGGAAACGAAACACCAAGAGAAUAAAACUGUGGAAAACCCCACUGCUGAUAAGAACGGAGUAGAUAUUGAGGUAAGCAAAGAGGAAGAGAACAAGCCCUUACUGCAAGGGGUGCACGAUAAGAUCAAAAUGGAUAAACCAAUCAGUAAAGAGAUAGAAAACAAAACAUUUGAAAAGGCCGUUGUCAAAAACAGCGAAACCGUUGCUGAAACCAUCGACCAAGAAAACAAAACGGAAGGAAGACCCAUUUGUGAUAAAAACUGGACAGAUUUUGAAGUUCAUAAAGGUGAAAAGAACAAGAGCUUGGAUGAAAUGGUUGAGAACAAAGGAAAAAAUUUGGAAACUAUAGAACAGGAGACCAAAGCGUUGCCACCAAUCCCAGGUGCUAAAAACGAAACAUUUGAGGAAACUAAAGAGCAGGAAAACAAAACGAUAUUUUCGAGGAACGAAACGGAUGCGGAAACUAUAGAACCACGAGAAGAAAUUUUACCACGAGCGAACAUAACUUCCGAGAGCGAAACAGAAACUGACGGAAACGAAAGCGAAAUUCUACAGAACAAAUCAAUGAAUCUAGAGACCACGAUAGCGGAAAUUGAAACGACCACGAUAGCGAUUGAGGAAAAACGGAAAUCAUUCAGAAAUUAAAUGAAGAUCUCAGUAACCAAACAACACUUCUGCAGAACCGAACAGAAGAUCUUGAGAAAAAAUCGAAUAAUAUGAAAAACAAAAUACUAGAAGUGGAAAACAAAACGAUGCGAUUAGAAAAGGAAUCAGAUGCGAUAUUAAUGGAGAAUGUCGUAAUGGGGCGAACGAUGCUGCGUGUGGAGACAGAAACCAAUGAGAUUGAAAACAAAGCUGUGGGUUUGAAGGAGAUGACUGAGACUCUCCAGAACAAGACAGGAGACCUGCAGGAAGGAACUCAAAGUCUACAGGCUCAGAUUGAAGCUCUACAGAACAAGAUGGUGGCUUUAGAGAACCUGAUGGAAAAAAUUUUGAACAUGACAGUAGAAAUUGAAGACCAAACAUCAAGUCUGGAAAAAGAAACACUGGAUUUGGAGAAUAAGACAGUCGAAUUGGAAGACAAGGUGACUGGUAUUUAUAAUUGGACUAACCAGAUGCAGAAGCGAACGUCGCAGCUGGAGAAGACUACUGGACUGCGGAGCAAGACAGUAGGCUUGCAGAACAAGGCAUCAGGUCUUAAGAAGAAAGCUUUGCCUGCAUAUGAUGAUAUGUUGUGUCCGCGGAAAAACAGUAGACGUGUAAGACAACAACGGCGGCAAACAAAACAACCCUACUACUCCUGUGGAAGGACAAACUGCUGUAGUACAAAGUAUGGCUCAAGAAAGUACAGUACGCGCAGUAACCGAAAGGGCAAUCCACAGUGGCGCUGCUGAGGCAGACAGAUGGCAGAGGCCGAGGAGAUGUGAACGAAGGCUCCUUGUCCCUGUCAUGGAAAGGAAGGAUCGUUUCUUUACCUUACCUUUCCGAACUGAAUGACUUUUUCUCUAUAACUUUCUAAU